GGCUGCCGCCAGAGCUCGGCAGGGAGGUGGCUCCUGCGGGACGCCAGGCCCGGCCCAGCUCGGGGGGAGGGGCUGCCCUUCCCGGCGGGGUCACCAUGCUGCGGGCCCUGCUGCGGCGCUGGGCGUCCUACAGGUACCGCUUCGUGCCCUGGAUCGCGCUGCACCUCCGCCACAAGCGCAGGACCAUCCGAUACGUACCAGAAAAGUCCAAAGACAAAAUUAUCUCUGAUGAAGAUGUCCUUGAAACACUGCUGAAAAUCUUUAAAGCUCUGUUCAUAAAUGACUUUAGUAGACAAAUGGACUUAUUUGCCUUACUUCCAGAAGUUAAAUCCAAAUAUCUGGAAUUACUGACUAUUCAGUAUAAGAGAUCAAAAACAACUGGUUACAACCAUCAAAGUCAAAAUGUCUUUAAUCCAGAAGAAGUUCUGUUUAAUACAUUAGGGUUCAGUAUUACUCGAGAUCGGAGUUCACUGAUUUCUGCUGGAACAGGAGUCUUUGUUACUAAAGGUUUUGUGCCAAAAGGGGCAGUUGUAUCUAUGUAUCCUGGUACAGUAUAUCAAAAGUAUGAGCCCAUCUUUUUCCAGUCCAUUGGCAAUCCAUUUAUUUUUAGAUGCAUAGAUGGUGUACUUAUUGAUGGGAAUGAUAAAGGAAUAUCAAAAGCGGUGUACAGAUCAUGCAGCAAGAGGGAUCAACUUGGUCCUUUUCAAAUGAGUGACAUCACUUGGCUCACACCUGCUGUGCUAAAUCCACUGGCAGUAGGGCAGUAUGUUAACAACUGUUCACACAGUAAGUUGGAAGACAAGGCAGCCAACGUCUGUUAUCAGGAGUUUGAUGUGCCUGAAUAUUUUCCAGUAGAACUGAAACAGUAUCUUCCAAACAUCACCUACAGCCAUGACAUGCCUAUCGCAGAGCCAGAAGCUGCAAAAGCAAAACCAGGCGAGGAGGCGACGGCAGCACAGUGACGAGAGUGAUGAGGACAUAGACAUGGACAUAGACUUCUCACAAAGUAUGGUCUGGGCAACGUGCACAUCAUGCUGAUGAGCUCUGUCUGUGCUGACCAGCGCACCACGCUGGCCAAACAGGAAAUGAAAUUCAAAAGUUCGAGGACCUUUUCCUGUCUACCUGGCCAGUGCAUCUGAGUUGAGAGUGCUGUCCAGAGCGGUCACAAUGGAGUGCUCUGGGAUAGCUCCUGGAGGCCAAUACCGUCAAAUUGCAUCCACUCUACCCCAAAUUUGACCUGGCAAGGCCGAUUUCAGCGCUAAUCCCCUCAUCGGAGGUGGAGUAAAGAAAUCGAUUUAAAGAGCCCUUUAAGUCGAAAAAAAGGGCUUCGUCAUGUGGAUGGGUCCAGGCUUAAAUCGAGGUAACGCUGCUAAAUUCGACCUAAAAUUGUAGUGUAGACCAGGCCUGAGAGUACCAAUCCUUAAGUCUAGCUAGGCUCUUAUUCCAUGUAUUAUUCCUUCCCCUCCAUCUCCUUACAGAAGCAUCUAUCUUUCCAUUUGAGGAGUAGAUGCGUCUCCUUGCUCAGUCAGUCCACAUCGCCGCUCCUUAGCCAAAAGAAUUACUGCUGCAUGACAACUGCACAGUACUCUACUUUCUUGCUAGCAUCUUAGUGGCUGAGUCCUGUGUGGCUGCAGAACUCCAAGCCCCUGGUGGCUAUGAGAUGGCUAGGCUAAUUAAGGUAUUAUUAUUUUGCCUGGUCUAGACUCGGAGAAUGAAUCCAGAGCAGC